AAUGCCUCUUUCCCCCGAAACAAUUUUCUCAUUUCCAUUGACUCCACUCACCUCCACUUCCCUCUCUCUCUCUCUCUCUCUAGCCGAUUUUCUCAGCCGCCUUCACUUUGCCCAAAAGCUCUGCUCGCCAUUCUCAAAACCAACCCUCUCUUUACUCCCAGCUUCACUUUGUUUCUUCAGUAAUCCUCUGUUUUCUCCUCCGCCAUUGGCUCAUUGGGUCGUUGUUUCAAGCUGGCGAUCGAUAGUCAGGACACAGCUAUCAAGCCCAAGAACAGGAGAAUCAUGGGCGCUGGAGGUCCAGAAGAAGAGGACUGUGGCGGUAGGUGGCCGCCAUGGUUGAAGCCGCUGCUGAGAGAGCGGUUCUUCGUUCAAUGCAAAAUCCAUGCCGAUUCCCACAAGAGCGAGUGCAAUAUGUACUGCUUGGAUUGUAUGAAUGGCCCCCUCUGCUCUCUAUGCCUCGCCUACCACAAAGACCAUCUCGCCAUUCAGAUAAGGAGGUCUUCUUACCAUGAUGUGAUCAGGGUGAAUGAGAUACAGAAAGUACUGGACAUCACUGGCGUCCAGACCUAUGUAAUCAACAGUGCUAGAGUCGUGUUCUUGAACGAAAGGCCUCAGCCAAGGCCAGGCAAAGGUGUCACCAACACUUGUGAUGUCUGUGAGCGCAGCCUCCUCGACUCCUUCCGCUUCUGCUCCCUCGGUUGCAAGAUUGUUGGGACAUCAGGGAACUUCCAGAAGAUCAGGAAGCAGCAGCGAUUAACUGCAAUGGGAUCGGACUCGGAGGACUCCUACCACAGCACCAGCAGCCAUAGCCAUGGGGCGAGGCAUUUUAAGAGCAAGUACAGCAAUAUCAUCGACAGAAUCGAGAGCUUUUCUCCAUCAACACCACCACCAACUUCGACAAGUUUCAGGACAGCAAAGCGCAGGAAGGGGAUACCUCACCGAGCCCCCAUGGGAGGGCUCAUCAUAGAGUACUGAAGCAAAAAAAUGGUAAAAGAUUUUAAUUAACAAACUUCUCAAACCGAAGAAUGGAUGGUGCUUGUUAUACAGAACAAACACAGAUCUAGAGAGUAGUGUAUUGUAAUUUGCUUCCCUUUGGUUUCUUUUUGGUGUCAACAUAGUAAGCCCUUUCUCAUCAACUUGGUGGGGAAAGGGGCAUAAUGUGUGUAUACAGAAGCAGUAGGGCAAACCACAAGUGGAGAUGAUGAAGUUUGUGAAGGAAAUAUAUGAAUGCAUAUUAUAGAUGGAAAAGGAAGGGGAAAGGUAGUAGAAGUAGAAGUAGUUUGUUUGUAGUGUAUGGAGUAGAAGACUAUGUUUGGAUAUAGCUACAAAAUAAUGGGUUAAGGUACCAAAAAGCAGAAGCAUAGCAUCUUUCCACUUGUUUGUUCAUAACAAGAAAGUGUAAAUAUACUAUAGCUAGAGAGCAUCUUUCCACUUGUGUUCCAGUUGCGUAGAAUGUGAUAAAAGGGAUGUAUAAUGGUGUCCAAUUCCAAGUGGAGCAAGGAGUGGUUUGUGAUCAUGUAUAAAUGUAAUAAUGUGUAUAUAUAUUUGGGAAAGGAGAACCCAGAAAGUAAUAAAGGUGGAGCUGGUAUUCCUUGGAAGAUUCGGAUUUCUCAUUAAGGGAAAUCCAUAAGUUUUGUAGCUAUAUUGGAUUGGUACUGGAAAUCUAUUGUUUGCUUGUACUUUGUACUUUUUUUAGCGAUCAAAUUCGUAGAAAUUUAUUGUUUGUUUGUAAUUUUUUUAGGAAUCAAAUUUAUAGG